AACGGGUUGCGGGGAGGAGAGCGUGAAGUCGCAUCGCUUAGCAGAUCGGCCCCCGGUCUCUGGUGUGAAUGCUGCGUUCGGAGAGGUAUAGGAAAGGGCUGCCGCUGUUAACCUUGUGCUGCAGAUCCCUCCCUUCUUAAAGCAGUCAUCGGGAGGGAGUAGAUGUGGGCAGGACCUCAACUCGUGUUUUGUUACUAACCCGAAUUUUGUUUCAAACUGUUUCUUAUCCAGAAUUAAGAAGUUGGCGAGCCGACGGCGAGCGGAGGAUCCAGCGAGGUCUGCGGCUCUCUUUGUGUUUUGUUCAUGCCACUUGAAAGCUGCUGAGUGAGGGGAAAGGGGGGGUCGUUUGCUUUAUUCCCAAUGUCAACCUCUCCAAAGUCAGAACCGAGGAACUGGAAGAUUAAGCUCGUAUCGUCCAAAAAGAACCUUCGGAAUAAGCAGACGCCGCUGGAAAUGAAUGAAAACGCGGCCAACGCGCACUACGAGCCCAUCAACUUACCCCCCCAGGCGUUUAACAGCAACGGGCAGCAAUCUCAGGAACGCAACGACACAACUUUCGAGCUCAAACGCGAUGUUCUCAUUAACACCGAGUCCCCGCGGCCGGCUGUGAACCUGGAUCCGAGGGUCUCGAUAUACAGCGUCCGGCGACCGCUGCUCACCCGCUCCAACGUACAGGGGAGAGUUUAUAACUUUUUAGAGCGACCUACAGGAUGGAAGUGCUUCGUCUACCACUUCACGGUGUUUCUUAUAGUGUUAAUAUGCCUCAUAUUCAGUGUGCUUUCAACGAUACAGCAAUACUCGAACCUGGCCACAGAAACUCUCUUCUGGAUGGAAAUCGUACUUGUGGUAUUCUUUGGAGCAGAGUAUGUGGUCCGUCUGUGGUCUGCCGGAUGUCGAAGCAAAUAUGUUGGAGUAUGGGGAAGGCUGCGGUUUGCUAGGAAGCCUAUUUCUAUAAUAGAUUUGAUAGUAGUCGUUGCUUCAGUCAUAGUUCUUUGUGUUGGAUCCAAUGGCCAAGUUUUUGCAACAUCUGCCAUAAGGGGAAUCCGUUUUCUUCAGAUAUUACGGAUGCUACAUGUUGACCGUCAAGGUGGCACUUGGAGACUUCUGGGAUCAGUGGUGUUUAUUCACAGACAAGAACUCAUUACAACCCUUUACAUCGGGUUCCUGGGGCUGAUCUUCUCUUCUUAUUUUGUGUAUUUGGCUGAAAAAGAAGCAGUUGACGAUUCAGGGCAGUAUCAGUUCGGAAGCUACGCAGAUGCCCUUUGGUGGGGAGUAGUCACAGUUACAACCAUCGGUUAUGGAGACAAGGUUCCUCAGACCUGGAUCGGAAAAACUAUCGCCUCUUGCUUUUCGGUGUUCGCAAUUUCAUUUUUCGCUUUACCGGCGGGGAUCCUAGGCUCAGGAUUUGCCCUGAAAGUGCAACAAAAACAGAGACAGAAACAUUUUAACCGACAGAUACCAGCCGCAGCAUCGCUAAUUCAGACAGCGUGGAGGUGCUAUGCAGCUGAAAAUCCAGAUUCUGCAACGUGGAAGAUCUACAUCCGGAAACAACCACGGAACCACCAGUUCAUGUCGCCAAGCCCAAAGCCCAAGAAAACCGUCAUGGUUAAGAGGAAGAAACUGCGCACAGAAAGAGAAGAAGGCUCUACAGAGAAGAUGUUAAAUGUUCCACAUAUCACUUAUGACCAUGUUGCGGAGGACAAAAAGAGCGACAACUACUCUGUGGAAGCAUAUGAAAACACAGUGAAAAAAUCCUUUGGGCUGUUAGAUGUCAGUUCUGCGCCUUUUAUCAGGACAAACAGCUUUACGGAGGAUCUGGACAUGGAAGGAGACACGCUACUCACCCCGAUAACCCAUAUCUCAGAACUUCGGGAACAUCACAGAGCAGCAAUAAAAGUAAUUCGACGGAUGCAGUACUUUGUGGCAAAAAAGAAAUUUCAGCAAGCGAGGAAACCGUAUGAUGUGCGGGAUGUUAUUGAACAAUAUUCUCAAGGUCACCUUAACCUGAUGGUCCGAAUUAAGGAGCUGCAGAGAAGAUUGGACCAGUCGUUGGGGAAGCCGUCUCUCUUCCUUUCUGUAUCAGAUAAAGUGAAAGAUCGUGGGAACAACACUAUUGGUUCCAGGUUAAACCGCGUGGAAGAUAAGGUAACACAGAUGGAUCAUAAGUUGAAUCUCAUCACCGACAUGCUUCACCAUCUAGUUUCCAACCAACAAUCCGGUCAAACGAGCAGGUCGCCUCAUCGAAGCAGCUCCAUGGACUCUGAACACCACCUCUGCCAUAACGCCCUUCCUACGUACGAACAGCUUACCGUGCCGAGACGGAAUCAGGACAAUACAUCCUGAUGAAGAUCCAGUCUGCUGCUGCUACCCAUAAACAGACUUUGACAUUUAUUACAAUGGACCCAGGUCAACUACUGCGUUCAAACCAAAAGUUACUGAUUUUGUGAAUGUAUUUUAACAAUGCAGAAGACCACCGACGAAUGUUCCAUGUAGACUGAACAUCUAACUGUUCCCUUCCUGAUCAUGGUUGGUGGCUCCUCUGGAAAUCCUGACAAAGGGAAGCGGUUGAUAUGGCGAAACUGGAGAAAGUUUUAACUUCCACCCAUCCGGUGAUCUGACCUGUAACGCGACAUGGGGGGGAAAAUACUCAUUGUGUGGUGGGAUCAACUAAAAGCGGGCAUGUUUAAACUCCAGCAGACGUCGGCUACUCUUCAUAAAAGAAAUUCCUAAAA